CUCAAGUACACCGACAAUCAGCGCGUCAUCAUUCACGUGAAAGAUGUCAAUGAUGAACCACCAUACUUUAUUAAUCGUCCGCUGCCCAUGCAAGCCGUCGUACAACUUAAUGCUCCGCCCAAUACACCAGUUUUUACAUUACAAGCUCGUGAUCCGGACACCGAUCAUAACAUACAUUAUUUCAUUGUACGUGAUCGUACCGGUGGACGUUUCGAAGUGGAUGAACGCUCGGGUGUUGUACGCACCCGUGGUACUGAUCUUUUCCAGUUGGAUAUGGAAUAUGUUUUAUAUGUGAAAGCGGAAGAUCAAAAUGGCAAAGUGGAUGAUCGUCGUUUCCAGAGCACACCUGAGGAGCGUCUUUCCAUUGUGGGCGGCAAACGAGCACCACAAUUCUACAUGCCUAGCUAUGAAGCGGAGAUACCGGAAAAUCAGAAAAAGGAUUCUGACAUCAUCUCGGUGAAGGCGAAAUCUUUUGCGGAUCGAGAAAUACGGUACACAUUAAAAGCGCAAGGGCAGGGUGCUGGUACAUUCAACAUUGGUCCGUCCUCGGGUAUUGUUAAGUUGGCGAAGGAAUUGGAUUUCGAGGAUUUACGACAGCCACACGUCUACUCACUGAUAGUCACCGCCACCGAGGACUCGGGUGGCUUCUCCACAUCCGUUGAGUUAACUAUUCGAGUAACCGAUGUUAACGACAAUGCGCCGAAGUUCGAAUUGCCUGAUUACCAAGCGCACAACGUAGACGAAGACAUACCGCUCGGAACCAGUAUUCUGCGUGUCAAAGCAAUGGACUCUGACUCGGGUGCAAAUGCAGAAAUCGAAUAUCUAGUUUCGGAUGAUCACUUUGCGGUCGAUUCGAAUGGCAUUAUUGUCAAUAAUAAACAACUCGAUGCCGACAACAACAAUGCCUACUAUGAAUUCAUUGUAACAGCAAAAGAUAAAGGUGAACCUUCGAAAUCAGGCACUGCCACUGUACGCGUCUAUACGAAAAAUAAGAACGAUGAAGAACCAAAGUUCUCACAGCAAGUCUAUACACCGAAUGUGGAUGAAAAUGCCGGACCUAAUACACUUGUCACCACUGUGGUGGCAUCCGAUAAGGAUGGUGAUAAUGUACGUUUCGGUUUUGUCGGUGGCGGCACAUCGUCUGGCCAAUUCGUUAUAGAGGACAUAACCGGUGUAAUACGCUUACAUAAUAAGGCCAUAUCAUUGGAUCGUGAUAAGUAUGAAUUGAACGUCACAGCUAUGGAUGAUGGUUCGUGUUGUGUUAAUGGUGAUCACACCAUACACACCUCCACCGCUGUUGUUGUGGUCUUUAUAACCGACGUGAAUGACAAUAAGCCUGUGUUUAAAGAUUGCGGCACCUACUAUCCAAAAGUGGAAGAGGGUGCACCCAAUGGCAGUCCUGUGAUAAAAGUGGUCGCCACCGAUGAGGACAAAGGUGUUAAUGGACAGGUCAAAUAUUCAAUCGUGCAACAGCCGAAUCAAAAAGGCACGAAAUUCACAGUGGACGAAGAAACCGGUGAAGUAUCAACCAACAAAGUAUUCGAUCGCGAAGGUGAUGACGGUAAAUUCGUGUCGGUGACUGUCAAAGCAACUGAUCAGGGAGAGCCCAGCUUGGAGGGCGUUUGCUCGUUUACAGUGGAAAUCACCGAUGUUAACGACAAUCCACCAUUAUUUGAUCGACAGAAAUAUGUGGAAAAUGUGAAACAAGACGCCAGUAUUGGCACUAAUAUUUUACGUGUUUCCGCCUCAGAUGAGGACGCCGAUAACAAUGGCGCCAUCGUAUACAGCUUGAGUGCGCCAUUCAAUCCCAAUGACUUGGAAUACUUCGACAUACAAGCGGAGUCGGGUUGGAUCGUGCUGAAGAAGCCGCUUGACGGUUGCUAUCCACGUGACCGUUAUCGUUUACGGGUGCGCGCCUCGGAUCGUGGUGAGCCACCAUCCUAUGCCGAUGUCGAUGUUGAAUUAGAUGUAGUCGACCGCAAUAACAAGCCGCCAAUAUGGGACAAGAGCAUAUACGGUCCAAUACACAUACGUGAAAAUGUCACUGUGGGUACGGUUGUAACAUCGGUGAAGGCAAGUUCGGGUAUUGAAGGCAAUCCGACAGUGUUUUAUCGGCUAAUGCCCGGGUCCACCGCACAGACCAACAAAUUUCAUACGUUCUACCUACAACAAAGACCGGAUAAUGGGGAUACUUGGGCCGAUAUAAAGGUGAAUCAUCCGCUGGAUUAUGAGAGUAUAAAGGAAUAUAAUUUGACGAUACGUGUAGAGAACAAUGGCGCCCAACAAUUGGCAUCCGAGGCGACCGUCUACAUUAUGCUCGAGGAUGUUAACGACGAGAUACCAUUGUUUACGGAGCGUGAACAGGAGACCGUGCUGGAAGGUGAACCCAUUGGCACGAAAGUGACGCAAGUGAAUGCCAUUGACAAGGAUGGCACAUUUCCAAAUAAUCAGGUCUAUUACUACAUUGUCGACUCACCGCGCAACGAAGGCAAAGAAUUCUUCGAAAUAAACCUGCAGAGUGGCGAAAUCUUCACCAAAACCGUGUUCGACAGAGAAAAGAAAGGCGCCUAUGCGCUGGAGGUGGAAGCACGUGAUGGCGCACCCUCGGCACGACCCAACAGCAAUGGACAACCCAAUUCAGUGACAAAAUUUAUACGCAUUGGCAUCGCCGAUAAGAACGACAACCCGCCUUAUUUCGACAAGUCGCUCUACGAGGCAGAGGUGGAUGAGAACGAAGAUAUCCAACACACUGUGCUGACCGUCACAGCCAAAGAUCACGACGAAUCAUCGCGUAUACGUUACGAAAUUACGAGUGGCAACAUUGGUGGCGCUUUCGCUGUGAAAAAUAUGACUGGAGCCAUUUAUGUGGCCGGCGCAUUGGACUACGAAACUCGCCGAAGGUAUGAGCUGCGUUUAGCCGCUUCCGAUAACUUGAAGGAAAACUAUACGACCGUCAUAAUUCACGUUAAGGAUGUCAACGAUAAUCCACCAGUUUUUGAACGUCCCACCUAUCGCACGCAAAUCACCGAAGAAGAUGACCGCAAUUUGCCGAAACGUGUGCUUCAGGUCACCGCCACCGAUGGAGAUAAGGAUCGCCCUCAGAAUAUCGUUUACUUUUUGACAGGUCAAGGCAUCGAUCCGGAUAAUCCUGCCAAUAGCAAAUUCGAUAUAAAUCGCACCACGGGAGAAAUUUUCGUACUUAAGCCACUUGAUCGUGAUCAACCGAACGGUCGUCCGCAAUGGCGCUUCACAGUUUUUGCGCAAGACGAAGGCGGUGAGGGUCUCGUCGGUUAUGCUGACGUGCAAGUGAACUUGAAAGAUAUCAACGAUAAUGCACCGAUCUUCCCACAAGGCGUCUACUUUGGCAAUGUGACAGAGAACGGUACUGCCGGUAUGGUGGUAAUGACAAUGACUGCGGUCGACUACGAUGAUCCAAAUGAGGGAUCUAAUGCCAAGCUUGUGUACUCCAUUGAGAAGAAUGUGAUUGAGGAGGAAACGGGUUCGCCGAUUUUCGAAAUAGAACCUGACACCGGUGUUAUAAAGACAGCAGUCUGUUGUUUGGAUCGUGAGCGCACACCGGAUUAUUCAAUACAAGUUGUUGCAAUGGAUGGCGGGGGGUUAAAGGGCACGGGGACGGCUUCUAUACGUGUGAAAGAUAUCAACGAUAUGCCGCCGCAAUUUACCAAAGACGAAUGGUUUACGGAGGUGGACGAAACGGAUGGCACCACAUUGCCCGAAAUGCCUAUACUAACAGUGACGGUGCACGAUGAGGAUGAAACGAAUAAGUUCCAGUACAAAGUGAUCGAUAACAGUGGUUAUGGCGCUGAUAAGUUCACUAUGGUGCGCAACAAUGAUGGUACGGGCUCACUGAAAAUUGUACAACCACUGGAUUAUGAAGAUCAAUUGCAAAGUAAUGGAUUCCGCUUUCGCAUACAAGUUAACGACAAGGGUGAGGACAACGACAACGAUAAAUACCAUGUUGCCUACUCGUGGGUUGUGGUCAAGCUGCGUGAUAUUAACGAUAAUAAGCCGCACUUUGAACGCGCUAAUGUGGAGGUGUCUGUUUUUGAAGACACAAAAGUAGGCACGGAAUUGGAGAAGUUUAAGGCGACCGAUCCCGAUCAAGGUGGCAAGAGCAAAGUUUCCUACUCAAUCGAUCGUUCCUCAGAUCGGCAGCGACAAUUCGCUAUCAAUCAAAAUGGCUCAGUGACCAUACAACGUUCAUUGGAUCGCGAAGUUGUACCACGACAUCAAGUAAAAAUAUUGGCGAUUGACGAUGGUUCACCACCAAAAACCGCAACCGCCACACUGACCGUAAUUGUGCAGGAUAUUAAUGAUAAUGCACCGAAAUUCUUAAAGGAUUAUCGGCCUGUGUUGCCAGAGCAUGUGCCGCCAAGGAAAGUGGUUGAAAUAUUGGCUACAGACGAUGAUGAUCGUUCAAAGAGCAAUGGUCCUCCAUUCCAAUUUAGACUGGAUCCCAGCGCCGAUGACAUAAUACGCGCGUCUUUCAAAGUGGAACAAGAUCAGAAGGGCGCCAAUGGCGAUGGCAUGGCUGUAAUCUCCUCGCUGCGUUCCUUCGAUCGCGAGCAACAGAAAGAGUACAUGAUUCCGAUUGUGAUCAAGGAUCACGGUUCACCCGCAAUGACAGGCACUAGUACACUGACUGUUAUCAUUGGCGACGUAAAUGACAAUAAAAUGCAACCCGGAUCCAAGGAUAUAUUUGUUUAUAAUUAUCAAGGACAGUCACCGGAUACACAAAUCGGACGCGUAUAUGUAUACGAUCUGGAUGAUUGGGAUUUGCCCGACAAGAAAUUCUAUUGGGAUCCGCAAGAACAUCCACGAUUCAAAUUGGACGAGGACUCAGGCAUGGUAACGAUGCGUGCCGGUACACGUGAGGGACGCUAUCAUUUGCGCUUUAAGGUGUACGAUCGCAAACAUACGCAAACCGAUGUGCCCGCCAAUAUUACAGUGACAGUUCGCGAGAUCUCUCACGAAGCGGUAAUCAAUUCAGGUUCUAUACGCGUCUCCGGCAUCACAGAUGAGGAUUUCAUAAGAGUCUGGAAUUAUCGUACACAGAGUUUGAGUCGCUCGAAAUUGGAUCGUUUCCGGGACAAAUUGGCAGAUCUGCUGAAUGCGGAUCGCGAGAACGUAGAUAUAUUCAGUGUACAACUGAAGCGUCGGCAUCCGCCACUAACCGAUAUACGUUUCUCUGCGCAUGGUUCCCCCUACUACAAACCAGUACGUCUCAAUGGUAUUGUGCUCAUGAAUCGAGAGGAGAUUGAAAAAGAUGUGGGAUUCAACAUCACCAUGGUCGGCAUUGACGAGUGUUUGUAUGAGAAUCAGAUGUGCGAGGGCUCCUGCACAAAUACAUUGGAUAUCAGCUCUUUGCCAUAUAUGGUGAAUGCGAAUAAAACCGCCUUGGUGGGUGUGCGCGUAGAUACGCUUGCCGAGUGCACUUGCGGCGCUCGAAACUUUUCGAAACCUGAGUCGUGUCGUAACACACCCUGCUACAAUGGCGGACGUUGUGUAGAUACACGCUUUGGUCCGCACUGUUCCUGCCCGGCAGGCUAUAAUGGACCACGCUGCCAGCAAACAACACGCAGCUUCCGAGGCAAUGGCUGGGCUUGGUACCCACCACUAGAAAUGUGUGAUGAAUCACAUUUGAGUUUAGAGUUCAUAACUAGAAAACCGGAUGGUCUUUUUAUCUACAAUGGACCGAUCGUUCCACCAGAACGCGAAGAAAUGAUUAUUACUGAUUACAUAGCGCUCGAAUUGGAGCGUGGUUAUCCACGUUUACUUAUGGAUUUCGGUUCCGGUACGUUAGAACUGCGCGUGAAGACAAAGAAGUCGCUUGAUGACGGUGAAUGGCAUCGUAUCGAUAUAUUUUGGGAUACAGAGAGCGUACGCAUGGUUAUAGACUUCUGUAAAUCUGCCAACAUUAGUGAAAUGGAAGAUGGCUCACCACCCGAAUUUGAUGACAUGUCCUGUCAGGCGCGUGGACAAAUACCUCCCUUCAAUGAAUACCUGAAUGUUAAUGGACCACUACAAGUGGGCGGCAUCUACCGCGACCUCUUCGAUCCGUCACUCUAUUUCUGGCAUUAUGCGCCCAACGCCAAGGCUUUCGAUGGCUGCAUACGUAAUUUGAUAUUUAAUUCUAAGCUCUAUGACCUGGCGCAUCCCGGACUAUCACGCAAUAGUGUAACUGGUUGCCAACAAACUGAAGAAGUUUGCUCGCAAUCGGAGCAAACAGCACGCUGCUGGGAACACGGCAACUGUGUUGGCUCACUUUCCGAAGCACGUUGCCAGUGCCGCCCCGGCUGGACGGGACCUGCUUGCAAUAUACCCACAAUACCGACCACCUUCAAGCAACAGAGCUACGUUAAGUAUGCGCUUAGCUUUGAGCCAGAUCGAUUUAGUACACAAAUACAAUUACGUUUCCGUACACGUGAGCAACACGGCGAACUGUUUCGUGUUUCGGACCAACAUAACCGCGAAUAUGGAAUUUUAGAAAUUAAGGAUGCGCGUCUACACUUCCGCUACAAUCUCAAUUCACUGCGUACGGAGGAGAAAGAUUUAUGUUUAAACGCAGUUGCGGUCGACGAUGGUCAAUGGCAUGUGGUGCGCAUUAAUCGUUAUGGUUCGGCAGCUACCCUGGAGCUGGAUGGUGGCGAAGGCCGCCGCUACAAUGAGACAUUCGAAUUUGUGGGUCAUCAAUGGCUACUGGUCGACAAGCAGGAGGGUGUAUAUGCAGGCGGCAAAGCCGAAUAUACGGGCGUGCGUACGUUUGAGGUGUAUGCGGAUUACCAAAAGAGUUGCCUAGACGACAUCAGACUUGAGGGCAAACAUUUGCCGUUGCCACCCGCGAUGAAUGGCACGCAAUGGGGUCAAGCGACUAUGGCGCGUAAUCUGGAAAAGAACUGUCCCUCCAAUAAACCUUGUUCAAACGUCAUAUGCCCGGAGCCGUUCGAAUGUGUGGAUCUGUGGAAUGAAUAUGAGUGCACUUGCGGUGAAGGACGCGUCAUGUCGCCAGACGCCAAAGGCUGCAUGGAUCGCAACGAAUGCCUGGACUUGCCAUGUCUAAACGGUGCCACUUGCAUCAAUUUGGACCCACGUCUGCGCUACCGUUGCAUCUGUCCGGAUGGCUUUUGGGGCGAGAAUUGCGAAUUGGUGCAAGAGGGACAGACGCUGAAGUUGAGCAUGGGCGCACUGGCGGCCAUAUUGGUUUGCCUGCUGGUCAUACUGAUUCUCGUGCUUGUGUUCGUUGUUUAUAAUCGGCGUCGUGAGGCGCAUAUUAAAUACCCUGGCCCGGAUGAUGACGUGCGAGAGAAUAUUAUCAACUAUGAUGACGAGGGCGGUGGCGAGGACGACAUGACUGCAUUCGAUAUUACACCGCUGCAAAUACCAAUCGGCGGGCCAAUGCCACCCGAGCUGGCGGCCAUGAAAAUGCCAAUAAUGUAUCCGGUGAUGACGCUAAUGCCCGGCCAGGAGCCAAACGUGGGCAUGUUCAUUGAGGAGCACAAAAAGCGUGCCGAUGGUGACCCAAAUGCACCGCCCUUCGAUGACUUACGCAACUAUGCUUAUGAAGGUGGCGGCAGCACAGCCGGUUCGCUGAGUUCGCUGGCCUCUGGCACUGAUGAUGAGGCGCACGAGUAUGAUUACUUGGGCUCGUGGGGGCCGCGCUUCGGCAAACUGGCCAACAUGUACGGCGACGAAGUGAACGCUGCAGCUGCACACCCCGAAUUAGGAUUGUAAAAACACAAAGGACACAAAACGGAAAAAAGCUCCAUAAGUACGGCAGAAGAAGCGAAGUACACUUAAGAAUAUGGAAAACCAAACAGAGAUAAUGAUAAAGAUGAACGUGAAAAUGAAGAUGAAUAUAAGGACCAAGAAGUAAAAAAUAAAGAGCAAAGAUUUAAAUGGAAACUAAAUUAAAUUAAAUAUAAAAUAGUGUAGUGCAACCAAAGAUAGAAGUGAAAAUGAAAAUCUGAUGUAGAGGAGAUUGAAAGGAGCUCGCGAAAACGAAAACCAGCAAACUAUGGAAAAUUAAAUUAACGGCGACAAAAAUGGCAUUUGUAAAAAAAUACUCAUCCCCAUACUAAUUUUAUAUAAGACUACUACUGUACGCUAAAUUUAGGCAGAGAGCAAGUUAAGAAAGGUAAACUAAAGACAAAAAUAUUUUCAGCCUAGCAAGGUUCUUUCAUAAGGGGCAAGCGGGCCGAGUCGCAAUACUAAGCUGUUAAACUUGCGGGCACGAAUAUAAAUGUUAAUGAAACCAAAGUAUUUAAAUGUAAGGAGAUAAAACAAAAAAACAAACACAUACAUACAAAACACAUACGGAAACUGUAGACGAAAAAAAAAAAACAAAAACACAUGAAAUUAAAUACUCAUCAUAGUUUUAUAAGUACUGUACAUUUCCUUUUUGAUAUUAUUUAUUACUAUUAUAAUACAACUAUUUAAGGCGUAUACUUAAAAUUUAGAUUUAGUUAAAAGUUACACAGUGUACGUGGGUGCAGAGCACGCAAUUAUGCAACACCGGUGAGGCAAGUAUGGUUGCAGAUUGCACCUCAACGCUUCAAAAGUAGAAGCUGAAGGGGAUGUGAGAUAUAUAACAAAUUGCUAUAGUCAAAGAGGUGAUAUUGCACGCAUACAUAUUUAGUAGUUAUAGCAUUUUUAACAAGAAACCACAACUAAAGGAUCAAUUCAACGCAACGACAAGCAGUUAUAGGCCAGAAUUGAGUUAAAUUUUGCAUUGUGUGUUAAAACAUAUGUACAAGUUAUUGUAUGUAUACAUAUAUUAUAAAGUGACUGUUGAGCAAACAUUGAUGAAAAAAUAGUAUCUUGUUGAAAUAUCUCGAUUUUAGGGAAAUUAAAUAUUUCUAGAGUUCAAAACUAUGUUUUGAGCGCAACUAUCGGCACACUAGUAAAGAAAAAAUACAAAUUGAUUUUUGUAUAAAUUUUAUUAUGUUCGCUGGCGGUGAAGUUGCAGCUUUCUAAUUUCUAAUGAAGUCAAUUCUUGAGUUGUCAGUCCUUAUUAUAUUUCAUUCUGCGUUUUCGAAAAAGAAUACUGCCAGCCAUAAGUUUCUCAGGCGCACUUGAUAUUAGGUUGGAUUAAAAAUUUUCGACUAUUUCAAUUAUAGCAAAUUUUCCUUUACAAUUAGCGAUAAUUCAUAUUGGUUUAUUUUAUGUGCCUACACUUUACUUUGCUGGCAAACCUUCGAGUAUAGCGAAUCGAACAAGCAACUGGUAUAAAUCAUAUAAAGUGGCAUAAUUCAAUAUGCUUAAGAAUUGUUUUUAGUAUUACGAUUUUCGACAUUUUUCAACCAGGAAUAGCGAAUCGAACAAGCAAAUGGCAUAAAACAUGUAGUGGCAUAAUCGAACAUACUUGAGACUUGUGAGUAGUAGUGCAAUUUUUAGCAAAGACAUACCGAUUCGAACAAGCAACUGGCAUAAAACAUGUGUGCUGGUUAAUCGAAUAGUGGUUUUAGCUGUUGCGGAUCUUGCUACUCGAUUGAGUGGUUUCACUGCUUCGACAGGAGACCGUAACAUAGUGUAUCACAAAGUGGUAUAACUCAAAUAUACUGGCAUAAUUUCAUAGGUGUAAUACCACUUAAAGCAUACGCAAAAUUUCUUGGCUCGAAUUAUUUUCACUAGUAAAAGUUUUAAAGAGAGCAGCACUCAAAAAUAUUGAACACCGUGCAGGCUAAUUGAAGGCGGCAAUAUUUUCCUAAUUACUACUUUGUGAGAGACUUUCUUGUAGGUCGUGCUUAUUACAACUAGUUAUUAUUAAUGCUUUCAACUCUUCACACGCAGCACUUUCAGGCCAAAAGACACAAAAUGUACCCACAAACACACACUCAAAGACACCCUUAUAUAUACAUGUUGUAUAUGUAACUAACUGUAUGUUUACAAGAAAUUAAGAAAAUCAACAAAAAAGGCAAAUUAGGCGAAAUGAGUUAAUGUUGAGCGUAAGUGAAAAUGUGUGUAUGCAUUAAAAUUAAUUAAUUAUUACUUUACUUUUUAUGUAGACGUAAUUAUAUCAAUUAAAGCGUAUAAUUAAAUAUAUCAUAAUAAACAAAAAAAAACAAAAUGAAUGAAAAUUUAAAUUUAAAGUAAAAUGAAUACCCAAAGACUGUUUUCGUUCCAUCAAAUAUGUGAAAGUGAACAACACGCAUACAUGCAUACUUAACUUUAAUUAAUUAUAAAACCUGGGCUGAAAAGUUGUACUAUUUGAAUAAGUAAAAAUACAAAAACAAAAAUAAAUAAAUGAAAAAAUUAUACAUUUGUGGAAAUUACAAAAAUUGAAAACUUCUUCUUUUUUACACAGCAAAAACAAAAAUCGUAGAAAAUGUAGAAACAAAGUUUGGAUAACUAAGCUUGUGUGCUGAGAGGCUGGCGGCUUUGGUAAUCGGUGGUCUUAACCGACUCAUAUGGUGUUUCUAUUCAUUUCAACUUUUAUCACGAUUUUUGCACCUUUGCUGCGCCUCUCAAACACAACUGCACCAUCUAUGGGAAAAAUGUUGCAUCAUAAUAGAAAUAUGAGCGGUGAAUUAUAAUAGCAAAACAAGAAGCAAACAAAAAAAAACUAAAAGUCUCCUUCAUACUAACAAAUCACUAACACAAACUUAAUUAAGCAAAUUCGCAUAGCAGAGGAACAUUUAAUUAGACAAACUUGUAUUACGAAAAUGAUUAAAAGCAAAAGUGUAAAACCAACUAAUUAACGCAAAACAAUGAAAAUGUAAACGUAAAACUUACCUUUAGGUGAACUUAGCGCAAUUGAAGUAAUGAAUAAUUGAAUAAUAUGAAGCAAAAAUGAUGAUUAUGAUGAAAACGUAAAAGCAUAUUUAUAUAUAAACAAACGAAUGCAAUUAAUAAGGAGGUGCAUAUGUAUGUGUUGAAAUUGAUUUCACAAAACUGGCAGACACUGUAAAUAGUUUUAGCAUGUAAUGGACGCAAGAGCCGCAGGCAGCCAAGACCGGCGCUGUCUGCUUGUGUUCGGCACUAGUGUAUUAUGACGUAAUUGAAAUAGUGUUUGAAUAUAAUUACAAACAAGUACAUAUGUAAGCAGCAAAAUAUGAAAAACUAAUGGUUUUAAAUAGGUCACACGUAAACCAAAAGCAAAAAAUAAUAAAAAAUAAAUAAAAUAAGCAGAAUAUAGUAAAAAAAACAGUAUUUAUAUGUUUAAAAGUAAAAGUAAAAGUAAAUUAAAUAGAUUUUAGUAAAAAUGGGGAGACAAAAUCUAGAUAUUAAAGUACAUUUAAUUAAAAAGAAAACAACACAAUAUCUUACUAAACGGGCCCAACUGCAUGGCGGAAUAGUGUUCAAAUGGCAUGCCAUGUAUAAGGAGAAACGUUUAUAAUGAUAAUGAGAUUAUGCGUGAAUUCAAAAAAUAGCACGAUAAACACAUUUAACAAUAACACCAUGCUAAUAAGAAGGUAAAUUAAUACAAACACACACAUAACAAUAGAAAAAAGUAGUAACAAA